CUGUCCUGCGUAUUUACUCCACUGUGCCGUUUUUGCUAUUAUUAUCUGAGACAGAUCAGUCCUAGGCACUCACAUGUGAAGACACCAACUUGCCUUCUAUCACGUCGGUAAGGCGGGUCCUUUCUCAUGCGAUGAGAGCAUACAUCAUGGUUGGUGAGUAUGGCAAAUUUUCGCCCACAAGCCGCAGUCGCCUGGUCUGUGGGUCAAGCUAUCGUUCAACAUGAUCGUCAACUCAAGCUUCCUGCCCGAAAUUCUGAGUCGGUUGUUGCAAAAAGUCAUGGGAAGUCUUGCGUUCGAGAUUUAUGAGGAAAAGUGCGUACAGGAGAAAUAUGAUAUUUAUCAGGAUGUCCUUUCACAGUUCCCCUUUCUAAACGGGUAUACGCAUACUCUUCGCGCGUUCGAGACAUUCCCAACCAGGCCUCGGGAAGCUAUCGUUGCGGAUAUCCAGACGGCGCUUGGCGAACUCCGAUCCAAUAUUCCCUGGCUAGCUGACCAAGUCAUUACGAUUGAUACCGGGCCCGGGACUUCAGGCUUCAUAACAUCUGCACCAUGGCCAGCAUCAGCUCCGCCCAACGACGUCGUCCGGGCGGACCAUGAUGCCGAUUUCCCUCCACUCUCCUCAAUUCUCGCCUCCGGAGGUCCAAUAUCUAGCUUUGAACCUACGAAUCUAGUUCCCUGUCCCGGCCUUCCACAGCAACAUGGUCUUUCCCCAAUUCCGAUCCUCAUCAUUCGAGCUGUCUUCAUCACGGGCGGGGUUCUCGUCGUGAUGUCCGCACACCACAAUAUGAUUGACGGCACCGGCCUCAUGCAGCUAUGGGACCACAUGGCUACCCUCAUGAACGGAGAUAGUCUCUCUGACGAAGCAAUUCGAUGGGCCAAUGCUGACCGCUCGCGGGCCGUGCCGUUAUUAUACCCCAAUGAGCCGGCAAAGAACUACAGUCACCUCCUCCGCCCAAACCCCUGGCCCCUAGGUCCCCCACCAGAAACUACAUGGUGUGGAUUCACAGUACCACGAUCAGCCCUCACCGAGAUCAAGGAUCGCGCUUCUCCGAAAACAGAGGGCUCCUUCGUAUCUACCGACGACGCCUUAUCCGCUUUCUGCUGGCAACGGAUCUGUGCCGUCCGUCUCUCAUCCGGUCGCUGUGAAGCCUCUCAACUUUCUAAGUUCGGGCGGGCAGUAAAUGCGCGCCGAGCUGUGGGCCUACCUGAAACGUAUCUUGGGCAAAUGGUAGUUCACGCAACAACACGGCUACCCUUCAGGGAUAUAGUCGCCAAGUCGGUAGCAGAGUUAGCCAGCAUGUUACGAAGCGACCUCGAAGAUGCGAGGACGGAGUGGAGUGUUCGGAGCUGCGCAACGUUCAUGGCCGGCGUGCCGGAUAAGUCAAAGCUGAUGUACGGCGGACUAUACAACCCAGCGACGGAUAUUGGUGGUUCAUCGCUGCUUACGUGGGGAGGUCGGCCGUUCCGGAUGGGCGCGCUAGGCGAGUCGAGGAUGUUUCGGAAACCGGAUGGGCCAAGGCUUCCUGGGUGCAUGUAUUUCUUCCCGUCAGAUAAUGAGAGAGAGAUGCAGCUUGUACUGUGCCUGACGAAGGAGGAUCUACACGAAUUGAGUAGAGAUACGGAGUGGAGCUACUACAUUAAAGGGGUUGAUUCCAUAGAGUGAGGCGGCUUCGUUGCUUUGUUCGUUAUGCAUCUGUUAUAUAGGAGGUAGGUAUGAGAUGGGCUCCUAAGGCCUAGGGUUUAGGUAGUUAUUAAGUUUUCUUUGAAGCCUUUA